AUGGCUCAAUCCAGGAGUACGCACUAUGGAGUUGCCCUAUGUCUGAUGGUUUCCCUCUGCGUGGGAUCUCUAAAUGCGGCGUGUUGCAAGGACGGCGAAACGAAAGUCGAUGAGGAUGACUGCACUAAGUAUCUAGCCUGCUGUCACGGUGAAUUCGUGUCCAAGUCCUGUGAAAGCGGGAACUAUUGGAACUCGGUUUGGGAACGGUGCGUGGAGGAUAAUGGCGAGUGCAAGCCGCCAACCUGUGAGGAUGGCGAAAUCGAGGCGAAUCCAGAUGAUUGUGCUGGGUAUUUGGAGUGCGUUAACGGAAUUGUUGUGAUCCUUACCUGCCCGGAGGGAGACUACUUCAAUGUGACCCAGAAGAAGUGCCUUCCCGACACCUGUGGAGUUUGUCAAUGCAAUGGCACUCCGCCUUGCAAAGAUGGAGAACUUGAAGAGGACCCCACAGAUUGCGCAGGUUAUCUGUCAUGUUUGAAUGGAAACUGGGUGAGCAAGCAGUGCCCCGAAGGAGCUUACUUCAAUACCGUGUUUAACGCCUGCUUUGUCGACACUGAUGGAAUUUGCGUAAACUGUACCGAGGGAGCUACAGAGCCCGUGGACGACUGUACCCAGUACAAAAUUUGCACAGAUGGCAAGUUUGUUACCAAGACCUGUCUAAGCGGAUAUUACUGGAAUAAGAACGUAUCAGCCUGUGUAAAGGAUAAUGGGGAGUGCAAUGGCAAUGGAACAUCAUGUACUGAAGGUGAACUUGAGGUGGACCCCACUGAUUGCGCAGGUUAUCUGUCAUGUUUAAAUGGUAAGUGGGUGGGCAAGCAGUGCCCCGAAGGAGCUUACUUCAAUACCGUGUUUAACGCCUGCUUUGUCGACACUGAUGGAAUUUGCGUAAACUGUACCGAGGGAGCUACAGAGCCCGUGGACGACUGUACCCAGUACAAAAUCUGCACAGAUGGCAAGUUUGUUACCAAGACCUGUCUAAGCGGAUAUUACUGGAAUAAGAACGUAUCAGCCUGUGUAAAGGAUAAUGGGGAGUGCAAUGGCAAUGGAACAUCAUGUACUGAAGGUGAACUUGAGGUGGACCCCACUGAUUGCGCAGGUUAUCUGUCAUGUUUAAAUGGUAAGUGGGUGGGCAAGCAGUGCCCCGAAGGAGCUUACUUCAAUACCGUGUUUAACGCCUGCUUUGUCGACACUGAUGGAAUUUGCGUAAACUGUACCGAGGGAUCUACAGAGCCCGUGGACGACUGUACCCAGUACAAAAUUUGCACAGAUGGCAAGUUUGUUAUCAAGACCUGUCUAAGCGGAUAUUACUGGAAUAAGAACGUAUCCGCCUGUGUAAAGGAUAAUGGGGAGUGCAAUGGCAAUGGAACAUCAUGUACUGAAGGUGAACUUGAGGUGGACCCCACUGAUUGCGCAGGUUAUCUGUCAUGUUUAAAUGGUAAGUGGGUGGGCAAGCAGUGCCCCGAAGGAGCUUACUUCAAUACCGUGUUUAACGCCUGCUUUGUCGACACUGAUGGAAUUUGCGUAAACUGUACCGAGGGAGCUACAGAGCCCGUGGACGACUGUACCCAGUACAAAAUUUGCACAGAUGGCAAGUUUGUUACCAAGACCUGUCUAAGCGGAUAUUACUGGAACAAGAACGCAUCAGCCUGUGUAAAGGAUAAUGGGGAGUGCAAUGGCAACUCAACGUGCACCGAGAACGAGGUUGAGGAAAAUCCUUCUGAUUGCGCAGGAUACCUGCAGUGCAUAAAUGGAGCCUAUGUUGCCAGGAAGUGCUCCGCCACGCAUUUCUUCAAUGCCACACUGAAGGAGUGUGUCGUCGACAAGGAUAACGUGUGCAUCCCCAAGACCUGCGAUCCCGAUUGCUGCGAUGUACCUAACAACUCCAUUUGGUCCGUCCAGAACAAUUGCUCAGCCUUCUUCCAGUGUGUGGAUGGCAACAAAUACGAGCAGAGAUGCUCCAACAACUUGCAAUAUAACAACAAAACGGAGCAGUGCGAUUAUCCCGAAAAUGUUGACUGCGACGAUGGAUCUGCCCCGCCAAGUGGUCCGACUGCCGGACCUUCGGGAACCUAUUGCGAGAGUCACGGACAAUGCGUUGGCGAGAAAGAUGGAACCCUGUUCCCCGCAGUAAAUGGCACCUGCAGUUCCAAAUAUGUCAUCUGCCAGUGCGAGUGUGAGGUCGCCCUCAGCUGUUCCUCCGGACUGCUGUACAAUACGGAGCUCAAAACUUGCGAUUGGCCCUAUAAUGUUAAAUGCUGA